GGAAUGGACAUCACUUCUAUUAAGAAGACUUUGGGCAGUCAGUAUAGGGUGGUUUUCUUUCUUGGACAGGGUUCAUAUGGCAGGGUGAGAUUGGCCUGGCACCGGAGAACGCAGGCCCUGGUUGCCAUCAAAACGGUAGAGAUCAGCAAGGACACCAUCAGGGGGAUCCUGUCUGAAAUGACCACAUUGGAGUCAUUGAACCAUCCGAAUAUAAUUUCUUUAUAUGAGGUCCUGAUCACAGGGACCGGAGUUCAUUUUAUAUUACAAUAUGCUCCAGGAGGCAACUUAGGAAAACUAAUAAGUGAGGAGGGCCCAUUGCCAGAAGAAAAGGCGAAGAAAAUGUUCGGACAGGUCGUAUCUGCCAUAAGAUAUUGCCAUAGCCUGGAUAUUGUCCAUCGCGACAUCAAGCCACAGAAUAUACUGAUAGAUGGAGAGGGCAAUAUUAAGCUGAUCGACUUUGGCCAGGCCAUCAAAUGCAAACCUGGUACAUUACUGAGUAGGCAAUGUGGAACCAGGGACUUUAAUGCCCCAGAACUGGUAUUAAGGGAGCCAUAUGAUGGCAAGAGUUCUGAUGUGUGGAGUUUGGGGGUGGUGCUCUAUUUCUUUACCACUGGCUACUUACCCUUCAGAGGAAAGACCAUCAAUGAUGUUGAGGAAAGGAUUACAACGGGGACCUAUACCAUUCCUACUCACCUGUCUGGGCAACUCGAAAACCUGAUACAUCAAAUUCUGAGAGUUUCCCCAGAUAUGAGGCCCUCUGUAGAGGAAAUUGAAAAUCACCCAUGGAUCAAGAAAUGUGAGUUUAAAAUCCUGCCCAAGACUGACCCAGAUUACAAAAUUAUAGAAAUGCUCUGUGCAAUGGGGUAUAAAGCCAAGGACAUCUUGGAAUCCCUCCAAAAGAAAAGAUACGAUGAACCAAUGGGGGCAUAUUUGAGCUUAAAAGAUCAUGUAAGCAAAGGGUUUGAUGUUGGAUAUAUCACUCCAGCCAAGCCUAGGGAUCCGUGCCCUCCGCCACCCCCAUCACCAGCACAUCCCUCUGUCUUUGGCCUUCCUCUCAGGAGAAGGGCCAGUGAGCCCAUCUUUGGCCUCCACCACAGACCUCCCUCAAGAGAACAGAAUCCUCUUGACCUGAUUCUAUCAGGACUCAAGAUGAGCAGGUGUGUCUCCAUGCCUCCCAUUGCGGUAUACUAUCCUAAGAAGGAGAGAAGCACUUCUACCCGUGCCCUCCACUCAACACCUGUGGCUUGCCCGUGCGUCUGCAACAACAUGUCGGAAGUUGAAAUAAUCCUGCCACAUAAGCAAGACAUUGAGAUGAAUACGUCAUCUCCCCCUCAGAGGAUGGGAUGGUUUAAGAGACUCCGCAAAGGAAUCAGGGACUGUUUUUCAAGACUUUGCUGCCUCCCUCGGGCUCCAAAGAAAAAACCCCAGCAUAGAUCCUCCAAGAGAGUGGCCCCCCUGAAAAAGGCAGCAAGCAGUACCAUAUAAAAGGCUCUCGCAGUCUUGAAGGUCCACACAUGGAAAAGACCUGAGGGGUGCACUCUCCUGAGUCCUGAGGAUUGGAAAGGACAAGAUAGUGAAGAGAACAGUGGGAAGAACAGAGUCAAAUAGAAAUGGGGCUCAUGGUGGCAUCCCAGAGUCUAGAGGCCCCGACCUUCCUUCACAUGCACCUCUUCCUUCCUGCAGAUAAUGGUGCAUUUGAGGCCAGGACAGUCAUGGAUUCCUGAGGAUCCAAGGAAAGUGGCUCAUUGUUGCUAAGGAUCCCAACUCAAAUUAGCAACACUGGACUGAAAACACAAACUAAAAUCCUCCUACCUGAGCAAGGUAUGCAGAAAAAAUGAGAGACUGCUGUUCUCAGGUACAAGUGUCCAUAUAGAAUCUAUAGUGAUGAUCUAUGCCUGGCAGAGGAACAAUGGUCAACUAUCUAAUGGGCCCCCUCAAAGUCUCCCUGCAGCUCAGAAGAACACCAAGGGCCUCAGCUCUGUCAUUCCUGUAUCACUGUGGAGCAUCUGCCAAGAAUGGACACCAGCAUCUGUAGACCAGGGAGAGACUGGUUCCCACACUUUAGUUCCGUACGCCCAAACAGUAAAACAACAUCCUAUCCCCUAAUGAGGUAUGUACAUAAUGAUAGAGGAUUCUCCACACAAACUUGAUUCACAAGAACAGGGCCUCUUUGGUAGCCACCCAAACCAUCUGAAACCAGGCAAGAAGACGUGAGCAGUAGCCUUCGAUCCCUGUACCUCAAGAGCAAAUAACACUCAUUCUGAUAGGAUACAUGAGCUGGUCCUCGUUUAUCUUCAUUCUCCAAUUCCUUCUAUCUCCUAUCCACAUGAAGACCUUUCCUUCCCAUGCUCUGAUCGAAUCUUGUUCUGCAAUUCAUGGAACACAUUUGAAAAGUCGAUCUGGACCUCCAUGUCCUCAUUUGUCCGUAUGGACCUUCAGGAUGGACAGUCUCUGGAAGAUCCUGUGACAGCUGCAGGAUGGGCUGAGCAGCUGUGUUUGUCCAUAUCUACGGCAGAAGCACUUGAGCCAAUAGACUACCUAACAGUGCCAUCCUGCCCUUAACAAUGAAGUGAGGAUUCCCCUGUCUCCAUAUGAACCAACCUGCCUGCCCCAACACUGUGCUAAUGUCGCUGCGGGAACACUAAGGACAUGAGGACUAUGAGAGUAGGAUGCUGGAUGCAAAAAAAUGAGUCCCCUUUUAAUACUGAGGCUCAGGCCUCAAAGGAGGUGGACUGCAAGGGUGAGAGCUGAGUGUUCCUUCUGGAUAUGAGUCAACACCAGCACGCAGGAAUCCACCAGGUUUGGAUGGACGAUGCAUCUGACCAGAAGAGGGGAGUAGUAAGUUUCUGGGGUACACUGAAAGAUCCCUCACUCUGUGUAAUUACCCAGGAAAUGAAAUAGUCUUGUCCAUGUGGACAUUGGUGCCCAAAUGAGAAAAAUAGUGUAUAUAUCCCGACCACUUAAAAGUCAUGCUUUUUCUGAGAGAACCUCUGAGCUCGAAAGACUGUGAAAUAGUAUGUCUGCCUGUACCAGAAUCUUUCCUGAGUAGAGAAUUUCAUCAGGAAGGAAGAGGCCCAGAGCAUGCACAUAUGUUGAACUCUUGAAGGGCACCCAGUUUGAAAGAGAACAUCAAAGGCCUGAAUCACUGUGAAACAUGCUGUCUGCAAGUACUAGAACACUUUCUGAGAGCAAGGGACACUGCCAAACCACUAGAGCAAAAGUUAUGAUGGAUAAAGAGACAGGUGUUCUGGUGACCUGUAACCCCAUCAGGAGCCCUGAGGGUCACCUCCUGCUAAACCAAACAUAACCUUUAUCAGUGAAGGUCACUCCUGAGAAACCCUGUUGAGAAACCCUGCAGACAGGAAAGCCAAGGAGGCCUCCUCCUUCCCAUUGUCAUUGUCUUUUAAGGGAGCUUGAACAGGUUAGCUCCUACAGACUUCUUAAAAAGCCUGGAACACUCUGCUAAUUCUGUGUUCCCGUACUCUUCAACUGAGUCAAGAGAAGAAAACAGAUAUUUGGAACUCUGAUCCAAUCAAAUUAAUAUUCUGGUGAUCAGAAGCCAAGACUGUACAGAGAUUUCUGAGGCCUCUCCAGGAAUUCUGUCCAGAAUCACGCUCUGGAGGACUUCAGUGUGCGAGAAUGUACAGUACAUUGGAUGGACUCUGGGGUCUAAGGAAUGAAGUUUGUCCUCAUUAGGACAAAAAGAUACAAGAGGAACGCCCGAGUACAUAUAGAACACAGGGUGCCAUGAUGUGGAGCCCGAAGACAAGGGAGGCUGCUGAACACUCUAAUGCCUGUAUGAGUGAACUUGGACAUGAACAGUGUAGCUGGAUCUGUUUGCCUUCAGUUCAAGCUGCAAUGUUGUCACCAUCUCCUCUUUAAGCCCAUGUAUCCUUGACAAGGUUGUUCUGCCCUUCAAGCUCAUAUGAUGGUUGUGCAUGUAGGAGACCUAGCCUUCUGUCACCAAGGAAACAGAAAGCAGAGGAGGAAUGUGACCGUGGGAGGCUGCAGGCAAAAGUGAUGUGGGGCCACAACUGUACCUGGAAGCUACAUGGUACAAUCCCUGAGGCCCUGUUCAGACCUUCAUUCUAUUCUGGUGUCUUCCUAGUGACAGCCCUGCUAGCCAAUGACAACAACUUCUCCCUGAUCUUCCCCAGCCUUGCUUCCCAGUCCUGAGACUUGAAGAGCACAGAGGAAGGCCUCUUGUAGGUCAGUCACUGGCUCUGGACCAUUGACCACUACCACUGCUUUUACUUGGGAUGGUGUUCAAAUUGUGGGAUGUCUGAGAAAGCUGGGUUCCACGUUUUUGCUAUGCAACCUGUUCCUCACGUCCUGGACUUUGCCGGCUCCAGUCCUCAGUUGCCAUUCAGUAAGCAUUGUGACGUGUAAGGCUCUCAGGAGAAGCCAGAUCCCAGUGGCAUUAGUGUGACAAACAAGCUGUGCCCAAGGAGCUGACACUCUGGCAGAGUCCAGGACAUCCAGGAAGACAGAGGUGGUGAGGUAAGUCUGCAUCAAAACAGGUAAAAACAGUAAUAAAACUGUCAGUUCCCAUCCUUGUACAGGUUGUUGGGAAACACUGUCCCUGAGAAGACAGCUCUGUCGAGCUGAGCCUGGAGAGAAAGAAGGCAUGAGAAGGAAGGCAAUGGCAGCCAUGUGACAGGCAGCCAUCAAGACCUGACAAGUGUCUGUGAUACUGUCAUAGAUAUUUAUGGACACCCUAAAAGGACAUUUAUUGUGUUUCAUCUCUUAAUGAAAUGCUGUUCUCCACGCACAUCACAGACCCUGGGAGUGUUGGGUAUUGCUACCUGCCAAAGGCCUGAAGUGUGCACUACUGCUGGUGGUGGGAUUGUCAGAAGGUGAGGAGGCCAUCCUGAUAGAGAGACAGUGUAGGAAUCCCAGAAACAACAGCCAUGUUGCUGCAUGUGGCUAACCAUCGUUGAUUUUGCAUGUCAGUUUCUAAGCCGGUAAGGAGUGCAGAUAAAAACUGUCACCAGAGGUAAUCCUGAACCUCGGUUGUACACCAGCACUGUAGUUGGCUUUAUCUCCCAUGCAGACACUCAGUCUCCCUCAGCACACCCUCUUACUGUCCAGGAAUUUUCUUAGCUAUACAAAUAACACACUGGGUUGUUACAGGUCGAAUGACCUAGCCAAAUCCUGUGUUCUCUUACAUUCUGUCCCUGUCCUCUUUUUAGAUAUCACCAACUAUGACUCUGACAUCCAAUGAAGCAGUCGAGGGCCAUGAUGCUUUUCUGACUGAGGCAACACAGCCUGGAGCCCAAAUCCCGAGGCUGUGCACCAAAGUCCUUCCGUUUGUCACUGAUCCUGGUGCUUUCCCACAAGAAGUUGCUCAAUGUGGCUACCAGGGAGGCCAAACAUAAGCCUGUGUCUGCAGACAGGAGGGCACCAACAAUGUGUCAAGCAACCUCAUCUGCAUCGUCACAAGCAUCUGCAGUGUGGAUAUCUGGUCAACAUGGUCGUUUGACAGUUGUGGAGCCCCUCCCACCAAUAAAGGUUAGCAACUUGUCGGGCUUUCAUGGCAUUUAUGGCAGCUAGAUUGUGCUUCUUUGAGUAAGUCCAAAUCAGUGCUACUAGGUAUGUAUGAUGCUUAUACACCUUACCCUAAUUUAAACAGAUGGUGUGGGCACUGAGAACAUGUAGCCCUGCAAAGCAUUUUAAAUUAUUCACAUAUUUCUCAUUUACCUAUUCACUCUCCCCUACAUCCUGUCUGUAGUCUGUCUCUUCUCUCUCUUCUCUGUUUUUAUAUCUUUUGUUCCGUCUUUUUCUCAUUCUUGGCAUCUGUUUCUGACUCUCUCCUGUUCUCUUUCUUACUGCCUAGCUGCCUCUUUGUCUGUCUAUACAUCUGUCUCUCCCUUGCUCUAUCUCUGUCUCUCUUUCUCUGUCUCUCUCUUCCUCUCCCUCUACCUACCCCCCCUCUAUCUCUCUCUCCCUCCCUCCCCAUCCUCUCUCUCCCUCUGUGUGUGUGUGUGUGUGUCCAUGCAUGUGGGGGCAGGUAGCAUGUAUAUUUCCUGGAGAGCCUGUGGAGGUCAAAGUUUAACUCAAGUGAGGUCUUUCUCAAACUCAUAAAGGACCUAGUAACUGAACUCUACUACCUAUUAUUGGAAAAGCUUUUGUAGGUGAAGAACCUGAAGGAUCUGAGGCUGUGCCAGUACAUGCUGGAGAAAUACUUGACUGGACUCGGGAGUAGGAGCCUAGGCAUUGGCCCACAGAUGUGCUGUUCUCCUUCUUUGGAUACCCGUCGCAACAACACAAUCUUCUCUGUCUACUGGAGUUGUCUUGGUUGUAGAUUUGGAGAUCCUCAAUCUCUCAGCUUAGUUCUCUAACGUUAAGUCAUAUCGACUCUUAGCAUAGUACUUUAUUUGCCACUGUUCUUUCUACCUUUAUUUUGCCAGAACUUUCUAUGGGUAAGACAUUCCUUCUGUAACAUUUUAUGAUGUGUAAGACCACACAAGGGUACCCAGAGUCCAUACACAAUGUGCUCUUAUUAUCCUGUGAGAAGUCCAAGCCAGUAACCCAAUCUUAACUCAGUGGUGAGAAGGAACUUAAAACUUAGAACAGGACUUGUUUUCAUUCCUUUCUUGUUAGUAUCAUUCACAACUUCUGUAGAAGGUGGGAGUCCAGAAAGCAAAGGGCGGGAUUUUCUCACAUGAUCUUGACCCAUGUUGGGUUUUCUGUCUUCCAUCUCCACCUUUAACAUUUAAUAUACCACAUCUCUCCAAAGGUCAUGCCUAUUCUAGUGUGCUGCACUCAGUGAAGAAGUUGGAGUAAGCGUCAAAAGAGUGAAGGCCAAGCUCUGACUGUGACAGAGAGUUUGAGAUAGACAACUGAUGCUUUGAAAAACACGUGACUUCUCGCUGGGACCUCCAUCUACUGUAAAUAACCAACAACCUGUUCAAGGAUCAAUGUGCCUCUGAGAUGAGGACAACAAGGUAGAAGGGAGUCCACAGAAGGAAACGGGUCUGAGGGCUAACACCAUAACGCUUCCAAUUCUGUCUUCUAGGCAUCACUAACAAAUCUAUAUAGUCCUACCUCCCAGAAGAUGAGUGAAGGUGUUACAGUUAGGAUGAUUGUUGACAUGAGGCUCUCAGAGGUUCUCCACAAAUCUGAAGGACAAGAUUGAGAUUGCCAUUCUUAUGGUCUUUCCAUAGUCUCCCCUUGCAAUCAGAAUGGACCAUCACUAUGGACCUCAUCUAUUAGAUGCAGGUUGUCUAGCAAGCCUCUGGACAGGCAGCAUGGCAGAAAUCAACUCUUUCCAAAAAAAAGGCUGCUGCUGACACAGUGGAUAGAGCACACACAAGCUCCCUGUCUGACUCCUUCAGCUCCUGCAUGUCUCCUUGGCUAACAUUUCAGAGCUUCUGAUUCUUCAGACAUCAGCUUCUUGAUACUGAAGAGAUUGUUCUACCUGAUGAGCCCAGGCCUAGAAGAUGGACUGCAUCCAAGAAGCCUGGUCCAUCUAAGGCCAAGUCACAUCUUUAAGAAAUAUUUGAAAGCAUUUGUGCACAGGAUAAAGGUGCAAGGACCAAAGUCUCCUUAGACUUUCCAGCAUACAGAGGGUCUGACAGACUCAGGUCAAAGGUUACGUCUGAAGCCUAGAUUAUGAAGAAGGCCCCACUCCACAGUAGAAGCCUGUGGCUGAUGCUGUUGCAACCAGGACUAUGAUUGUGAAACUUUUGUCUGUUCAGGAUAGCAGGUUCAGGAAUCUUGUGCCCAGGUAUCCACAGGCCUUUUUUCAUACAUUUCUUGGUAUAAUUUUGCAAGUCCUGACUUUGGACAUGUCGGGUGCUGAUGGUAUCUCACUUGAUAUAUAGUCCAAGAAAGAUUUUUACCCCUUUAAGGGGCUGGAAAUAGACUGGCCUCACAGUUACCAUUAAAACUGAAGUUCUGUC